GCAAAAAAUAGUGUAAAAAUGGAAGCUUGAAAAUGGAAUGUUGAAAAAAGGAAUGUUUAAUAUUACAUCUGUUUUAGACGCAUUGUCACUGAAAAUUUUAUGCUAACAUAUUUUACUCUUAAAAGGAUUAAUUUUUCGAUGGAAGGUGUAAUUUUAGUACGAUUUCGAUGCAAUAUUGCAUACAACAGUUUUUCGACCUUUUUUUCGAUACCUAAUUUCACAACUGUCAAAACUUGUUUUGAAAGUUUUUCAGGGGUCGCCCAACAAAUCGCGGACGGAUUAUUUUGUUUUUUUUGUUGUUUGUUUGAUGUGGCCAAGGAAAAUCGUUGCGAAAAAAUGGUUCCGCGCGGUGCACUUCCAGUUCCUUUUGGGAGAAAGUGGGAAUCUGUCCGGCAAGUAACGGUCAGGAAGAAGAUUAAAAUAAACAUUGUGGCCAGCGGAGAACGGUUCAUUUGUGUGCGGCGAGCGACGGGGUUGUUUUUUUCGGUAGUUUUCUGGUGUAUCGAAUGCUUUCGGCCAGGGACGUGUCAUCGGUUUGCUUUGGCGUAUUUUCGACCGGUUCACAUCCGAGGAUCGUUGACUGCGGAUGGGUCAGACCGGAUUUAGUGCGAUGCGAAUUUAGAAGGUCGGGGCUGUGGGAACGCUUGGGGCGACUGGAAGAAAAAGUUUCUGGGAUGUUUCGGGAACGUCAGCUUCUGUCCAGUUGGAUCUUCCGUUUCGAAGCACAACACGGGACUGCUUCGGCGUACCCAACGAUCGAAAUCAUUGAACGACCGUGGCACUAAUCGAUCGUGUUUCCGCGGGGUGCAUCUGUAAUCUGCAACUCGACCAAUCGGUAAUUUCUGCCGAUCGUGUUCGCUCGACCGGACACGCGGUGGAGAUUAAUUUCUCCGCCGGGAACAUGAUCACGCUGGACGAUCCGGACACGAUCAACUUUGGAGCGACCAUUGAGUUCCGCCCUACUGACGGUUCAUCAAGUCGCCAAUCAUCUGCAAGAACGCGAUCGCUAAGCUGUUUGCUGGGGAGGUGAGUUUGACUUUGAAAUGUUCUAUAUUCUACUUGAUGACACUCAAUUUUAAUUUGCAGUGCCGCAACCGACCCUGGAUGAUUCAACCAUCGCAAGAGAAGCACCUCCACGUUCGGCUGCGAGAUUUCCUGCUACGCAAGAACAAUCCCGCCGUUCCGCUGAAGUACAGCACCAGUCUCAGCCCCGGUAAGUCAAUUCGGUGCCUAUCGAAGGUCCGCGUCUUUAUCAUAAACAGCGAGGGCGUCUCCGUAAUGGCGUGUCCCCUGCUUCCCAUCGACACGUGGCGGAAGUCUUCAGCGACCGGACAACGGCGCGUACUCGUCCAGCUGAGUCGAGCAGACCAAGCGACCGUCAAAGUCAUUUGUCCUAACCACCGCCGAGGAGUGUCCGGACCUGAACGCGUGCGUCGACGAGUCCAUCUUGUGCGAUGGGAUUGCGCAUUGUCCAUCCGGUGUGGACGAAUCGUUUACGUACUUUUGAGUACUGCUGCAGCUGCCGGCCGAGAGACCUACCGGCUAUCCUGCGGACUGACCGUGUACCGCAUCUACCGCCGGAUAUCGGUGCUGCAGAUGCGGCCCAAGUUGCUCAGCUCGUACGGUACGCGGAGAUUGACCGCGCCACCACGGUCACCCCGCCGAGUACUCUCCAAACAUCUUCCGGUUCCUUCUCCGACACUUCGCAAAAAAAUUGCGCUCUUCAUUGGAGUAUUUUUUAACGCUUAGUUAGGGAAGGACUUGCGUUCUUGAAACUGUUUAGGAGAGAUAGGAAUAACCAAUAAAAAAAACAAAAAGAUAAUGCUGUUGAACGAACCUAUAGUAAGUUAUUUUUUGAGGGGACACUUAUAAAGCUCGCGAUAAUUCAGGUCCAGUUGAUGACACGGUGGCAAAUUAAUUGAUCUCGUACUAGCCCGUUCUCGAGAGCGUUCUUUGCUGGCCAAAAAACCCUCAGCUUGGCCCUAAAUAUACAAAGUUGACGGCAAUAAUAAAAGAAUUUGUUAUAAAGCAAAGUUUGUUUACACUCCUUAUACUUGAUGACAACUCUAUAUCUAUCCGCCUAACUCCACAGAAAAUGCGCAAAAUUACACAUUUUCAGAGACAAUUUUCACCAUUCAUAGGUAAUUUUGAGCAUUUUCUGUUGCAAAUUUACUCAAUAUAUGAGGUAAAAUUAUCUCAUAUAUGAGAUAAAUUUACACAUUUCCAGAGGUAAAAUUACACAUUUUUUCUGACAUAAAAGAUGUACCCCUUCCCAGAUGAAAUAUUACCACGAUUUUUUUUUC